CAGACUACGAACUAGUCAUUUCAUUAAGCAAUCAGUGGACAUCACUGCGCUGAACAAUAAAAUUGAUUAGAUUGGAUUGGAAAUUAGAUCUUGAUUGGACUGGAGACAUUUCCUCUUCUCUCUGUCAAUCUGUUUAGAAUAUAGCGAGUGACAGUGGUUUAUUUGAUUUCCUUUAGGCUCUUGCAUGCCAGAUCGUGUGUGGCCAUGACCCUGCAGAAUGGACUGCUGAUUUCAGGCAAAGGCUACUCAGGCUCUGCUCACAGCAAAAACAGUCUGAGAUGGGAUCUAACCCCUGCACAGAUCCAGGAACACACGAAGGAGUUGAUUCAGAGGGUCCGACAGGUUUAUGACACUAUUGGAGCUCUGGAUGUUGGUAAAGUUACCAUUGAAAACACUGUGAAGCCCCUAACUGAUGCAAAGUUAUAUUAUGCUUCGUCCCGACACGUCUUGGACUUCCCUCAAUUCAUAUCUCCAUUUAAAGAUGUCCGCCUGGCCAGCACUGAGGCGGACAAACGGCUGGCUGAGUUUGAUGUGGAGCUGAGCAUGAGGGAGGACAUCUUCCACAGGCUCAUCGCCCUGCAGGAGAAGAAGGUAAAUGGCCUCUCACCUGAGACGGAGCGAUUUGUUAAGAGACUGAUUAAACUAGGGAAGCGGAAUGGGCUGCAUUUAUCAAAAGAUAUCCAGGAGGAGAUUAAAUCAAUAUCAAAAAUGAUAAGUGAAUUGUCCAUUGACUUCAGUAGUAAUAUUAAUGAAGAGAAUACCUUUCUGUUUUUCACUGAAGAAGAAUUAGGUGGUAUGGCUGAAAGCUAUAUGGCUAGUCUUGACAGACUGGAAGAUGGCCGUUUCAAAGUGACUCUUGCAUAUCCCCACUACUAUCCGCUAAUGAAGAGGUGUUACGUCCCGGAAACGAGACGUAAAAUGGAGGAGGCUUUCCACAGUCGUUGUAAGGAGGAAAACACUCCUAUUCUUGAGAAGCUGAUUGAGCUCCGAGCCCAAAUGGCCAAGAUGCUGGGCUUUCAGACCCAUGCAGACUACGUGUUGGAGAUGAACAUGGCUAAGACUUCAAGUACAGUAGCUCGUUUCCUAGAUGAGUUCCAUGAGAAGUUGAAGCCAGUGGGUGAGCAGGAGAGGAAGUUCAUCCUGUCUCUCAAACAGAAAGAGUGCAAGAGGCGGGGGCUGGACUUUGAUGGACAGAUCCAUGCCUGGGACAUGCCUUACUAUAUGAACCAGGUGGAACAUGUGAAGUUCUCGGUGGACAAGGACAAGCUGAUAGAGUACUUCCCGCUUGAGGUGGUCCAGGAAGGGCUUCUAGGAAUUUACCAGGACCUGCUAGGCUUAACCUUCUGCCAGGUCGAACAUGCCCAUGUCUGGCAUGACAGUGUCAGCCUCUACUCUGUUCUGGACAGUACUACUGGUGAGGAGAUUGGCCAGUUCUACCUGGACCUGCAUCCCAGAGAGGGGAAGUAUGGACACGCAGCCUGUUUCGGUCUCCAGCCCGGCUGCCAAGGGCCUGAUGGGAAACGCAUGGUGCCAGUGGCGGCCAUGGUGGCCAACUUCACUAAGCCCAGCGGCUCCUUCCCUUCGCUGCUGCAGCACCACGAGGUGGAGACCUUCUUCCACGAGUUUGGCCACGUUAUGCACGAGCUCUGCUCAAGGACUCAGUAUGCAGAGUUCAGCGGUACGUUGGUGGAAACGGACUUUGUGGAGGUUCCCUCUCAGAUGCUGGAGAACUGGGUGUGGGAACGUGAGCCACUGCACCGCAUGUCGCGCCACUACAGGGACGGCAGUGCCAUCCCAGACAGCCUGCUGGACAAGCUCAUCGUCUCCAGGGUGGCAAACACGGGCCUGAUGAACUUGAGGCAGGUGGUGCUCAGUAAAGUGGACCAGUCCCUCCACACUAAACCCAAGGCAGACACAGCCCAGGAGUUUGCUAAGCACUGCCAAGACAUCCUGGGCAUCCCUGCAACACCAGGCACAAACAUGACUGCUAGCUUCAGCCACCUGGCGGGGGGUUAUGACGGUCAGUACUAUGGCUACCUAUGGAGUGAGGUCUACUCCAUGGACAUCUACUUCAGUCGAUUUAGAAAGGAGGGCAUCAUGAACCCUAAGGUGGGGAAGGAGUACAGAAAGGUGAUACUGGAGACGGGUGGCUCAAGAGAUGGGGCAGACAUGUUGAAAACCUUCCUUGGACGUGAAGCACAGCAGGAUGCUUUCUUUUACUGCAAAGGACUAACAGAGAAUCGGAAUGGCUUUCUUUGACCUUAUCACCCAUCAUCAUUUAGUAUGAGUGAUUCACAGUUGCACUUUCAUGUGUAACAAAGCUGUUAAUUGGAAUGAUUGUUUUCCUUUCACACCAUGUUUAUGUGAAGUGAUAUGGCUUCUUCAUCUCAAGUUCUCUUGUGAAAAUCUUUUAUAUGGCUGAUGUUUAACUAACAGAUUUUUCCACAUACACACACACCACACAAACACUUGAGCAAAGCAAAAAACAAGGCUUAUUAAAAUGCAAAAGCUCAAAUAUAGAGAAACCACUGCAGAAAAUAUUGGAUCCAGUCAUCUGUCCAACUAAAGCCAUCCUUACACCUGAAAUAUUCUUGAAAGAUUGUAGUCUUUUGAGUAAAACUUGAAUGGGGGACAUUAGUUAAAAUACUCCAAUCUUUCAAGAAUAUUUCCCAAAUCUUGUCAGCGUCUUCAUACAUCAGAAGACUUUACCAAGUCGAGUGGAGUCUGACCCAUACAUCAGAGGACUUUGGACAAGAUCUUCUUUUUGUGUUUGUGGUUUCUUUCCCUCCUGAAAUAUAGGAAUCACCAUUCAUUUAGAUCAAACAGCCCCAACACUGUUAUAUAUCCACAUCCAUCCUUAUCUUUUUUUAAAUAAUAAACAUCAAACCAGAAAACUUUA